GUACAGGAAGUCGGCAGCAGGUGCCACCGGAAGUGUGUUCGGUCCAGCCUUUGCCUGCAGAAAGGGAGGGAGCUAACGUCGUUUAUAUGCAUCAAACCUCUCAGUAAUUAAAUCCAAAACAAAAAUACUAUAUAAUACUUUAAAGAAUCCCCUCGUGGUCGUCAGAUUGUAAAAUGUCUUCAGCUGAAAUGAGUGCCGCGGUACCCAACCAUCGAAGGACCAAGCCCGGCGGUAUAAAGACCGGGGUCGUGACCAACAGCGCGUCUGGACCGACCUCCCAGAUCCCGGGCCUGUCCCAGACUGCCGAUGAAACCUCUCCGGUGGAGAGGAGCAGCGGGAGGCGCGUCGGGAUCUUCGCCUCAGACUCCGAGUACGUCAAGCUCGCAAAGGGAGGCGGACACAAAGGGCUGUUGAGUCAUGACGCCGAUACCGAUGACCAACCCAUGAAGGCCUACAAUCCACCGACCUGGUUUGGAGGGGAUGAGUCAAAGGGCGGAAGCAAACCUACGUCUCCCGACAGCAUGAUGAUGGCGAGCAAGCAGCUUCUGGCUGCACCGUUUGGGACUGAUAACAGUUCGACCUGGGAAAACGAUGAUAGAAUUUCCCCUGAUAACGAGAUGUCUCCUGAUGGAGUUGCGAACGACAUGGAAGGUCUGUCCAUGACCAACAAAUACAAGAGGACGUGUCACGAGAAGGCGGCUCUCCCGGUCAGCAUGACCAAGCUGCUGAGUCACGGCUACGUCGCCAACAAGAAGAAGUCCUCCACCGACGAUGACGACGCUUCAAGUGUGACCUCAGAACAGACCAGCACCGUCAUGACGGAGGAUGUGGACGAGCUGGAGUAGCGCGUUCAGGUUCUGGCUUUGGUGGGGGGGGGGAAAGGGGGUCCGUCCUAACACUGGUUCACGGUUCCUACAAACCUAUGACACACUACUACGCCCCCCCACCCCCCAUCUGGGAUUCACUCACAUUUAUUGUACAUCCACUGACUGUUAGGUUUUGUACUCAUGUUUAUGCAACGGUACUGUCCUCCUUUUAUUUAUUUGCUUUAAUUUGUAAAAAAAAAAAAAGUUCACGCUGAUUUUGUUGAGUAGACGUGUCGGUGCUCGCAGUAUAUAUAUAUUUUCCAUUUCUGUAUUGGCGUUCCUCGAUUUGAAAGACGAGUUGUGCUUAGUGGGGGAGGGAGAGGGAGACUGACAGGUUCUGGGCCCGGAGAGGCAGGUCGGGUGAGAAGGCUCAACGGUUGGAGCUGAAGCUUGGAUUCACCUGGCGGCUCGAGUUACUUUCCCUCCCUGGUUGUAUGAAGAUCGAGUUAGUAGAAUUUUUAAAGUGUUUGUUCUAAUGAAACGUGGUUCCAGUGACGUGAAAUAUGAUUUUGUUUGGAUCAAGGGCUCCUGCUCUCUGAAGGGAUGUCGGGAGGUUUGUGUGUUUUUUGGAAACGACCUGCCGGCCGCGACCACCGUGGUUCUUUUGGUUAAAAAGGGCCAAAGAUUACAUUUUGUUUAGGUUGCUGCUCUGCAAAAGGUGUCCCUUCUCUAUGACUUCUCCCCCCCCACACACACUAUUCUGUUGUCUCAGAUCUAAAAUCAAGAAACGUGCAUCGUUUGAUUGUCCAAGCUGUAUUUCGUCCGAUAGUCAGAAGAAAAGCCCCUUUUUUAGAAGAAAUAUACCUCAUAUUUAAAACUAAAGGAAGAGUUUACUGCAAGAUCCAUAUUCUGAUGAUUAUGAAACAGUAGGUCAAUAAGUGUUUGAUGCCAGCCACUUUAGGUCAGAAGCUUGCUAAUGAUGGAGCUAAAUUAGGACUCUCCUGUAUGUUAAAGCCCUCCCAGUGUUACUGCUUUCCCAUUCAGCCUUUUUAAACCCGUCACUCAUAGAUAAAGUAUUAAUCAUAAACUCCGGUGCCAGGGACGAGUUUUUAAAAGUGAGUUCUCAAUAUGCCAACCAUGCAGAGUGUUGUUUUUCACUCCGUAGACUCCAGUAGGAGAAGUUAGCGUUAGUGCACAGCUGAUCACAACGAACCCUCCAUCUCGUGACACGGUGUUUAGUAACGGUUACCAAUAUUAUCAAAACAGAUCUGUCGAUCGAGAGAAAGCUGCUUUAUUGAUUAUUUUAAAGCAAACAAAUCACUCAAUAACAUAACCUAUUUAUUACAACAGUGUAUUUUAUUUUUUAGCAAACGUCAGUAUUGCUGAACUUAAUACGUCCAUCUAUUUUCUGCCUCGUAAAUUAAUUUAUUUAAUUGAUAUCACUAUGAAGUAUUGUUAAUACCGCUGGGGGAAAAAAAACAGAUUAGAAGGAUUUCUGUGCCGACUGGUUUCCACCGUACUGUGACACUGGAUCCAGUUUAAUUUCCAAUUAACGAGACAUUAAUAAGGCCUUUAAAACAGAACUUUUGAAGCAUUUUCACACCCUUUUUGUUUUACUAAAAGAAAUGUUAAUCCCGGAUUUAAGUUGAGUGUUUCGUUAAGGUGCCGACUGGCGAUGGGGAAGGUUCACGGACGGAGGAGACGGGAAUGACUCCACCGCUUCCUCCUGUUGGCAUAUCUCAGUAAUGGUUUUCUUUUUAUUCGAUAGACGGUUCAGCUUUGUGUCAUUUAAACAGUUAUACUUUUUCUUCUUUUAGCCGCAACCGUGAACCCGACAGGGACAUUUGUCAGGCGGAGAAACUUCUCUUUAAAAUGAAAAAGCCAAUGAUUUAUUUGGGUGUUAACGGUGAGAUUAAAGCUCCGGGUUCAUCCUCGUAAAUCCAACAAAUUCAUCACCUGCAGCAGUAAGCGGACUGUCGUUUAAAAAAAUCUUACAGGAGACGUGUCAUGUUCAUCACAACCAAGCAAUGGUGCAUAAUUCAUCUCCAUGUGGUACUAAAAGGUGUUGCAGACUAGACACACAGGAUUUUAUUUUGCAGGAGGAGGAAUGCAUCAUCUUUUUUGAUAUAGUUUGCGUUGAGCAGGUUUAUUUUUUUAUGAACUGUUAGAUAUUCAGGUACAGUAUUUGUGUUGCUUCUCCUCCCAGUACGAGUUGGUGGUUCAUCAGUUUGCAAACCAAUAUAGCGGGAAUCUUUAGUGGCUUAACUUUGCAGAGUCCUCCUCGAAGUCUUGUCGCUUGCUUAUUUUUAUUUAUUUUUAAUCUGCAAGUGGUUCAUUUUGAAUGCAAAUGUACCAGAAGAGACUAAAGAAGGCAGCUUUUUAAACACAAGAUCGUGGGAGAAAACCCACGUGACAACUCGAUGUAAGACCCUGCUCUUUGUUGAUGACUGCACACAGACUCUCAAUUAUCAUUUCAAUAAAUGGGCAUGUGCAUGUA